AGCGAGUGAGCGCGCGCCCCGACGACCCCUCCCCCGGCGCCAGCGCAGGGCCCCGAGCUCCGCCCCUCGCCGAGCCGCCCCCUGCGCGGCUGCUGGCAGAUCUCGCUGGGCGCUGCGGACACUGCCACCUUUGUGGUCUCUUCCUCCUUCCGCAGGUGUGCGAGGGCCUCUCCCGGCAGAGGCGCUGCCCUGGGUGGCCGGCAGGGCCCGCGCGGCUGCUGAUCCCUCGGCGCAGGGAAGGCAGAUUCCCCGCCCGCGCGGCGCCGUGACAGGUGCAGGGUCUGGUUUAAGGACCCACCUGCGGCGGCUGCUGCGAUGCCCACCAUGCGGAGGACCGUGUCGGAGAUCCGGUCCCGCGCCGAGGGUUAUGAGAAGACUGAUGAUGUUUCGGAGAAGACGUCACUGGCUGACCAGGAAGAAAUAAGGACUAUAUUCAUCAACCAGCCCCAGCUGACAAAAUUCUGCAAUAACCAUGUCAGCACUGCAAAAUACAACAUAAUCACAUUCCUUCCAAGAUUUCUCUACUCUCAGUUCAGAAGAGCCGCUAAUUCAUUUUUUCUCUUUAUUGCACUGCUCCAGCAAAUACCUGAUGUAUCACCAACAGGUCGCUAUACAACACUGGUUCCUCUCUUAUUUAUUUUGGCUGUGGCAGCUAUCAAAGAGAUAAUAGAAGAUAUUAAACGACAUAAAGCUGAUAAUGCAGUGAACAAGAAGCAGACACAAGUUUUGAGAAAUGGUGCUUGGGAAAUUGUGCACUGGGAAAAGGUAAAUGUUGGAGAUAUAGUUAUAAUAAAAGGCAAAGAGUAUAUACCUGCUGACACUGUACUUCUCUCAUCAAGUGAGCCCCAGGCCAUGUGCUACAUUGAAACAUCCAACUUAGAUGGUGAAACAAACCUGAAAAUUAGACAGGGCUUACCAGCAACAUCAGAUAUAAAAGACAUUGACAGUUUGAUGAGACUCUCUGGCAGAAUUGAGUGUGAAAGUCCAAACAGACAUCUCUAUGAUUUUGUUGGAAACAUACGGCUUGAUGGACACAGCACUGUUCCCCUGGGAGCAGACCAGAUUCUUCUGCGAGGUGCUCAAUUGAGAAAUACACAGUGGGUUCAUGGAAUAGUUGUCUACACUGGACAUGACACCAAGCUAAUGCAGAAUUCAACAAGUCCACCACUUAAACUCUCAAAUGUCGAAAGGAUUACAAAUGUACAGAUUUUGAUUUUAUUUUGUAUCUUGAUUGCCAUGUCUCUUGUCUGUUCUGUGGGCUCAGCCAUUUGGAAUCGAAGGCAUUCUGGAAGGGACUGGUAUCUCAAUCUAAACUAUGGUGGUGCUAAUAAUUUUGGACUGAAUUUCUUGACCUUCAUCAUCCUUUUCAAUAACCUCAUUCCUAUCAGCUUGCUGGUGACAUUAGAAGUGGUGAAAUUUACCCAGGCAUACUUCAUAAAUUGGGAUCUUGACAUGCACUAUGAACCAACCGACACUGCUGCUAUGGCUCGAACAUCUAAUCUGAAUGAGGAACUUGGCCAGGUAAAAUAUAUAUUUUCUGACAAAACUGGUACUUUGACGUGCAAUGUAAUGCAGUUUAAGAAGUGCACCAUAGCUGGAGUGGCUUACGGCCAUGUCCCUGAACCUGAGGAUUAUGGCUGCUCUCCUGAUGAAUGGCAGAACUCACAGUUUGGAGAUGAAAAAACAUUUAGUGAUUCAUCGUUGCUGGAAAACCUCCAAAAUAAUCAUCCCACUGCACCAGUAAUAUGUGAAUUUCUUACAAUGAUGGCCAUAUGUCACACAGCGGUACCGGAGCGGGAAGGUGAUAAGAUUAUUUACCAGGCAGCAUCUCCAGAUGAGGGAGCCUUGGUCAGAGCAGCCAAGCAGCUGAAUUUUGUUUUCACUGGAAGAACACCUGACUCAGUGAUUAUAGAUUCACUGGGGCAGGAAGAAAGAUAUGAAUUGCUCAAUGUGCUGGAGUUCACCAGCGCUAGAAAAAGAAUGUCAGUGAUCGUUCGCACUCCAUCCGGGAAGUUACGACUUUACUGCAAAGGAGCCGACACUGUAAUUUAUGACCGACUGGCAGAAACUUCAAAAUACAAAGAAAUUACCCUAAAACAUUUGGAGCAGUUUGCUACAGAAGGGUUAAGAACCUUGUGUUUUGCCGUGGCUGAGAUUUCAGAGAGCGACUUUCAGGAGUGGCGAGCCGUCUAUCACCGUGCAUCCACAUCUGUGCAGAACAGGCUGCUCAAACUUGAAGAGAGCUACGAGUUAAUCGAAAAGAAUCUUCAACUACUGGGAGCCACAGCCAUUGAGGAUAAAUUACAAGAUCAAGUGCCUGAAACCAUAGAAACUCUAAUGAAAGCAGACAUCAAAAUCUGGAUCCUUACAGGAGACAAGCAGGAAACUGCCAUUAACAUUGGGCACUCCUGCAAACUUCUGAGGAAGAACAUGGGAAUGAUUGUUAUAAAUGAAGGCUCUCUUGAUGGAACACGGGAAACUCUCAGUCGCCACUGCACCACCCUGGGUGAUGCUCUUCAGAAGGAGAAUGACUUUGCUCUUAUAAUUGAUGGGAAAACCCUCAAAUAUGCCUUAACUUUUGGAGUGAGGCAGUAUUUCCUGGACUUAGCUUUGUCAUGCAAAGCUGUUAUUUGCUGCAGGGUUUCUCCUCUUCAAAAAUCUGAAGUUGUGGAGAUGGUUAAGAAACAAGUUAAAGUCAUAACACUCGCCAUUGGUGAUGGAGCAAAUGACGUCAGUAUGAUACAGACGGCACAUGUUGGAGUAGGAAUAAGUGGCAAUGAAGGCCUUCAGGCAGCUAAUUCUUCUGACUACUCCAUAGCUCAGUUCAAAUAUUUGAAGAAUUUGUUGAUGGUUCAUGGUGCCUGGAACUAUAACAGAGUCUCCAAGUGUAUCUUAUACUGCUUCUACAAGAAUAUAGUCCUCUAUAUUAUCGAGAUCUGGUUCGCCUUCGUGAAUGGCUUUUCUGGACAGAUCCUCUUUGAGAGAUGGUGCAUAGGUCUUUAUAAUGUGAUGUUUACAGCAAUGCCACCCUUAACUCUGGGAAUAUUUGAGAGAUCAUGCAGAAAGGAGAAUAUGUUGAAGUAUCCUGAAUUAUACAAAACAUCUCAGAAUGCCCUGGACUUCAACACCAAGGUUUUCUGGGUUCAUUGUUUAAAUGGCCUCUUCCACUCAGUUAUUCUGUUUUGGUUUCCACUAAAAGCCCUUCAAUAUGGCACCGUAUUUGAAAAUGGGAAGACUUCUGAUUACCUGCUGUUAGGAAACUUUGUUUACACAUUUGUGGUGAUAACUGUGUGCUUGAAAGCUGGAUUGGAGACGUCAUAUUGGACCUGGUUCAGCCACAUAGCCAUCUGGGGCAGCAUCGCACUCUGGGUGGUGUUUUUUGGAAUCUACUCAUCUCUGUGGCCUGCUGUUCCGAUGGCCCCUGAUAUGUCAGGAGAGGCAGCCAUGUUGUUCAGCUCUGGAGUCUUUUGGAUGGGCCUGUUAUUUAUCCCUGUGGCCUCCUUGCUCCUUGAUGUGGUGUAUAAAGUUAUCAAGAGGACUGCUUUUAAAACAUUAGUAGAUGAAGUUCAGGAGCUGGAGGCAAAAUCUCAAGACCCAGGAGCAGUUGUGCUUGGAAAAAGCCUCACAGAGAGGGCGCAACUGCUCAAGAACGUCUUUAAGAAGAACCACGUGAACUUGUACCGGUCAGAAUCACUGCAACAAAACCUGCUCCAUGGGUAUGCUUUCUCUCAAGAUGAAAAUGGAAUCGUCUCACAGUCUGAAGUGAUUAGAGCGUAUGAUACCACAAAGCAGAGACCUGAUGAGUGGUGAUAGGUCGAGGGGCUGCAAGGCCAGCUUGGCUACGUCUCUAAGGGGAGUCCCAGGUCUUCACCAGAAUCUGCUGACCAAUUCCAGUCUGGUCCAAGGAGGGGAAGUGGAUCUGAGCUCAUCUCAUUGACUGACAUUCAGAUUCAUGUAUAUUAUAGACGUAAGCACUGUGCAACUAUACUGUAACACCAUCUCUUUCAGAUUUUCUAAAGUAUUUGCUAAGUCUUUGUAAACAGACAUUGAAAAUGACCUUGUAUCUUGCCAGAGUGUUUUUUUCAACUGAGGAAAGGUCAGUAUUCUUUUGCUGUUACUCUGGAGCUGUAACAGUGUCUUGGAUACACCACAAGGCUAUUCACCAUUAAAAAUCUGUAAAAUGGUAGUAAGUUAGAGGGACUCUUGAUAUCCAAAUUUAGAUUUCAGAACAUGCUGGGAGGGGGCGGGAAACAGCCUUCUUAAGGAAGCAACUUACUGAGCAAAAUUUCUAAACAAGACAUUAAUGAUAAGUGUUUGUGUCAAAAAUUGUCUUGAUAAAUGUCUGCCAAAGAAGUUCAAUAAAUGUAUUACUAUUUCUCCUUCAGUAGUCAUUUGCCCAGAAAUUUACAAGAAAGUUUACCUCCAGUUCUGCUGUAAGAUCUGCAUGCCUGACUUUUCAAAUCUAAGGGUGAUUUGUAAAAAUGAGUAUUUCGAGGCAUUUGCUACUAAUAUCUGUGAUGUUGCACCUUUGGCCUUACAAAUGCUUCUUUCUCGUUUGUCUCGUCUAUUUGUUCAAGUGGAAGCGCACAAGUGGUUAUGUGACUGUCGUUACAAUACUGAUUUUUAAAACUGUACUUACUGUGUCUCCGUCCUUUCUAAUGAGGUUUCAUCAUCAUUGAGAUUUUUCUUACAACCUGGCUUCUGCUGUAGAUUAAGUGAUGUCAUUUUGUCUUUGAGUUUUCUUUUUUUAUUUUUAAGAAAAAUGUACUUAAGUGUUUAUGUGAGAUUUCCAAUACUUCUGUCGAGGUGUUUGAAAAACCAUGGCAGAUAAACGCCUGGGCUUUUGUAACGCCUGUAGGCUCAGCUUUUUGUCCUGUGUUUUGGUUUUGCCUAGUAGUGCCCAUUCCAGAUGACUACCCUGAACUUAUAACCAAGAAUAGCUUAACAGUUCACCUAUCAAGCAGCUCCCAAAAUUAGUCACAUGCUGCUAACUGGAACAAAUAAGUAGUACUUUCCCCCCGUUUUAAAAACACCUAUUUUAUUCAAGCCUAUAACUUUACAAAGAGAUCUGUUCAUCAUGAGUAGAUUUUGUUAACAUGCUUUAAAAUAUAGAUUCAAUUUAAUUGUUUCGGCAUUUCCAAGAUAUCUCCUGAAAAUGCCUAUUUUGCUAUGCCAACAAUUAAUGGAGAAGGGGCUGUUUAAAAACCACAACCAGUUUUCUACACUAUUUUUAACAUAAUGCUUUCAUGUAGAAAUAAAAAGAAUUCUAGCUUUCAGAUACAUUUCAGAGAUUGAAGCAAACUUUUUGCCUUGUAUUCAAAAGCCUGUUUGCCUUUAAGUGGACUUACCAGCAAAACAGAUAGAACUUCCUCUUUAAAAAAAUAAGUCAACUACAAUUAAGAAGAGAGGUGAUUUUCAAAUCACUCCUUGAGUUUAAUAAUUUCACAUCUUUUUCACCCUUUUUCUCAAUCUAGAUUUAAAAUUUUAGUCUAUAUAUUAUUUCCUUCUCUGAAUUUUUAGCUCUUUAGUUACAUGUAUGCCUCCCACAUUUUCUACAAAUAAGAGAGGUUAUGACAUACAUAACUUGAAAUUUAAAAGGGUUAAGAAGGUGACAUACUUCACUCUCCACACCCUUUCCAUUCGGAGUUCAGAUUAUGAAAAGCAUGAAUUCAAAUAUGCAAGACCACAGGUCUAAGAGUCUAAGAUCAUCUUCAAAACUCAGAUGUCACAGUGUUUGUUACUGAAUGGCUAUUCAGAGCAUCUGGGCCUCCGUGAUGACAGGUGAAGUCAAACCACAAAAAAAUGGAAAACAAGAAUCAAGUAAAAGGAAUAAAGGUUUUUUUUAAAAAAAAAGAAGAAUGAAGUACAUCCCUCGGGAGAAACACUUAAUAGCAGUUCCAGAGAAGGGCUGCUUCCAUUUCCCCUCACCUCACAGGUGACAUCCUUCUCCAUAAUUUUAAUGUAAAAAUGUGAUGAGUGUAAUAGAACUGAAUUUUCUGACUUAAGAAAACUGGAAGCUUUAUUUUUACCUUGAAACAUGAUUUGUUUCUGUGGAGCUCUUCAACAUGAGUGGCGGACUCAUGGUUAAUAAUGUGAAAGAGCAUGAUCUGAAACAUGACUGAUUUAUGCCCUUUUGUCCCAUGGACCUGUUUUUGAGUUAUCAACAUUAAGUAAACCUCUUAGCUUCUCGGUAGGGAGUUGAGGGGUGGGCAGCAGGGAGUGACCACCUUGGUAAAACUUAAAAGACAACAGUCCAACUGCAGCGACUUGGUAGUGUUAGAGAAAACCCUCCUUUCUUUACCUUCCUAAGUGGGGUGGGGUGGGGGUGGGUAACACAGUUUUACCAGGAUUAAAAUAAAUAGUUGAAGUGACUUUUAAUGUGUAUUUUCUGAAAUAAGGGACAUUCUUCAAUUAAAAAGUCCCUUAUAGGGACUCUCGCAAAAGCUAACACCAUUGCUUUACAAUGUUUACAGUUCAGAAAAUACUACUCACAGCAGAAAAUCCUCAUUUAUUUUGCAUUGAAAAGUUGGAAGUUGCUUCUUUAGCAUUGACUAGUACACAGUGAUAUUGAGCAUGAACUCUCUAAAUGUUUUAUAUAUACAUAUAAAAAUAUAUUGGUAUCUCACACCCAGAAAGAUGCUAUAUGGUAGAAAGUAUGAGCAGGAAAAAUGGUGUUUCUCAGGAAUGUAGUAAAUUUUAAAUGGAAUAAGCGCCAUCCACCCUCCCACACAACACUGGCUGACAUGAGCCUGCUUGGGCAACGUGGUGAAGUUAAUGGAAAACUUCUUCUAAUCAAGUCAGGUGAAUGUGUAUUAUAUUCAGUAUUAGCCAUUUACAUGAAUUGUGUGGUCACUGAAUGGAAUCAGCAAUUCCUCUUAGUUUCCAGGGGGAAAAAAUGAAUUCAAGAAAUCUACAUUUAUUCUGGUCAUUACAUUUUAUAUUUUAAUUUUGCAGUCCUGCAUCCUAAAUAUCCAGUGUGAAAAUCAUGUGAUAAUUUGUUCUGCAUUGUGUAUGCUGUACAUCACUUAUCUGUCACUUAAAAUGUUCUUUCAGGAAAUGAAUACUAAUCUGAAUGUACUAGAUUGCAUAUUCACAAAUUUUUAUGUAUAACAAAAUCAUCAUUAUUACAAAGCUAAAUAAUCAUUAGUGUUUAUUUUUGUGCAGUUUGCCCUUUGAUAUGUCCUGGUUCUAAGACUUAUAUCAUCUGAUAAAUCUAUAAUCAUGUACAAAAUUUAUUGAGCAAAUUGCCACCCUAUUCACAUCAUAUGAACCAGGCCCAUGGAAUUUUUUUUGUAAAUUACUUAAUGUAAACACCAUGCAGUCUGGUGCCUAAUAAAUGCUUUUUAAUGAUGAACAUUUCUAUAAUGCCUCUUAAAGAGACCACAGUCUGAUUUUUCUCACAUUAAAAUAAGUGAAGUCACUUGUGAAACUGUUAUACUUUGCUGCAUUUUAAUUAACCUUCAACAGCUAUUAAAAUGGAAUGUAAGUUGAAUUUUGAAGGAAAGGAAAUAAAUGUUUUCCAUUUUUCAUCUUGAUUUAUUUUCUGUAUGAGAGCAGCUGUGUUUUUGAUAGGUUUAUGGUUUGCAUGAAUUAAUAUUUAAAGUGGUCUAGGCCAACGCAUGGCUAUUGCUGUAGAUCUUGAUGUUUAUUUCUGCCUUAUAAAAUUCUCUCAUGGCCUACCUGAGACUUAAUAUUCAAUGGACAAAUUAACUGGUCCUCCACACAACUUUUUUUUUUAAUAAGUAAAUUAUUUUACAAACAAAUUUGAACUAAUUUAAUUGAAACUUUUGUUUCGCUUGCCUCUAAGAACUUUGCUUAAUAAAGCUCACAAAAUUUCUCAGCAAAUAAAUCUCCCUUAAGUAGGGGAAAAAAAAAAAGCUAGAUUUCAUACUUGCUUACUUUGAAUUAACAGCAACUUUCCAUAGGUAAAUCUGCUCUUGCAAAGAUGUGAGCAGAAUAUUUAAAAGUACGUGUUUUUGUUUCAUAGUUCUAGACUAGAAGCCAUAAAUACAGUAAAUACUGUUUGUUGUUUGUUUUACUACUUCAAGCUUCAUUUUUCACAUUUUCAAGUUUAUUAGGUUAAAAUUAAAAAAGGCAGCCUUGGAAGGCAGCUACUAUGGAAAAUUGCAGUUUGCAUUCAAAAUAAAAUAGAAUUUUCAGCUCCAUGAAAAACCAUUCCUGCUGAAACUGCUGUAGAAAUUGUGAAGCUGCAUGAGUGGAGAGUACCAAACCUGUGUUUAUAGUAGUUUUCUCAGGUGUGUUUAUCUCGAUGUUCAAUGCACUGUGUUUUAUAAAUAGUUAUUAAAGUCGAGUAAUAUUCAGUUCUACGCAGUGUUAUAUGUCACUGGCCUUUUGUGAAUGUGCAUGUUUUAAACUGCAAAUUUUAAACAUUUUUGUCCUCUUAUUAAAAAUGAAAUAAACUAUA